AUGAGAGGAUUUGGUUCGUACUUGAUUGCUAUGGAUGAGAGGACAUACAAGAUCAUUGGUGUUGAUUAUCCAGGAAACAAACCAGAAGAUGUUAUAAACCCUGGAUUGUGGUGGAUGAUUGGGUUUUUGUUCGUGGUCAGCUUCCUCGGUCUCUUCAGUCUCGUUCCACUUCGCAAGGUGAUGAUUUUGGACUACAAGCUUACGUAUCCCAGUGGAACCGCUACAGCAAUGCUGAUCAAUAGUUUCCACGACAACUCUGGAGCAGAGCUUGCAAGAGUCCAAGUUAAAUGUCUUGGGAAAUACCUGAGCCUUAGCUUCCUCUGGAGUUGCUUCAAGUGGUUCUUUAGUGGUAUUGGAGAUUCCUGUGGCUUUGAUCACUUUCCCACACUUGGUUUGACGCUUUACAAGAACACGUUCUACUUUGAUUUCAGUCCUACUUUUAUUGGAUGUGGUCUGAUAUGUCCCCAUUUAGUGAACUGCUCGGUUCUUCUCGGCGCCAUCAUCUCUUGGGGCUUUCUCUGGCCGUUUAUAUCACAGCAUGCAGGAGACUGGUAUCCAGCUCACCUUGAAGCCAACGAUUUCAAAGGUCUCUACGGAUAUAAGGUUUUUAUCGCCAUUGCUAUCAUCCUUGGUGAUGGUCUCUACAACAUCAUCAAGAUCGUUAUUGUCACUGUGAAGGAGCUCUACAACAAAAGCUCCAACAGACAACAAGACCUACCUGUCUUUACCGACACUUUAGAUGAGAGUCAUGAGACCGCAGAAUCACUGCUGGAGAAGAAGAAAAGAGAUGAAGUGUUUCUAAAGGACCGUAUACCACUCGGUUUCGCGGUCUCCGGUUACGUUUGUCUAGCAGCGGUUUCGACCGCAACAAUCCCAAUGAUAUUCCCACCGUUGAAAUGGUACUUUGUCCUCUGCUCAUACUUGCUUGCACCGGCUCUUGCCUUCUGCAACUCUUAUGGAGCCGGACUCACGGAUAUGAGCCUGCCUUCAACCUACGGAAAGAUCGGUCUUUUCACCAUCGCUUCCAUUGUAGGAAGCAACGGAGGAGUCAUCGCCGGUUUAGCAGCUUGUGGAGUUAUGAUGACGAUCGUCUCAACGGCAGCAGAUCUAAUGCAAGACUUCAAAACAGGUUACCUCACGUUAUCAUCUGCAAAAUCCAUGUUUGUAACUCAGCUUUUGGGUACAGCAAUGGGCUGCGUGAUCGCUCCUCUCACCUUCUGGCUGUUUUGGACUGCUUUCGACAUCGGAGACCCUGAUGGUCUCUACAAAGCUCCUUACGCGGUUAUCUACCGUGAAAUGGCUAUUCUUGGUGUUGAAGGGUUUGCGAAACUGCCUAAGCACUGUUUGGCUCUCUGUUGCGGAUUCUUUGUAGCUGCUCUGAUUGUGAAUCUUGUCAGAGACGUCACACCGUUGAAGGUCUCUAAGUUUGUACCACUUCCUAUGGCUAUGGCUGCUCCGUUCUACAUUGGAGCUUACUUCGCCAUCGACAUGUUUGUUGGAAGUGUGGUUUUGUUCUUAUGGCAACGGGUGAAUAAGAAAGACGCAGAUGAUUACUCCGGUGCGGUGGCUUCAGGACUGAUCUGUGGCGAUGGAAUCUGGACCAUUCCUUCAGCGAUUCUUUCUAUUUUAAGAAUCAAUCCACCCAUUUGUAUGCACUUUGGACCAUCCUAGACAUUAUUCUAAAGAUCGGACUUAUCUUCUUAGAAAAAAUCUCUCCUUUCACAAUUUGUUCAAGUAACGUAUU